AUGGGAACGAUUGAUAUAAAACAAGCGAAUGCUUCUUCUUCCGAGAUCAACCCAACCCAAAAGCCGAACGUCAAAGAGAAUCUCAAUGACCUUGCAGAGCCGGAAGAGACCAAAGAGUAUCAAUCACUGAUUACACUCCUGUUUCGCCGCAGCAAAAAGGUCGAUCUUGAUGCCAUCGCUACCACUCGUAGCGUGUUCGACGAUUCAUUACUCCGGCAGUACUACCAGCCCCAUCCUCAAUACGAGAACCUUCACCGCUUCGAUGUAAACGAAAGAUGGACUUAUCGGGAAGAAGCUGCAGUGCGGCGGAAAACAGAUUGGAAAAUUCUGCUAUGGAUACUUGUCAUGUUCUUCGGGUUGAAUCUGGACAGGGGAAACCUGGGUAAUGCUGCAGCGGACAAUUUGCUAAAGGACCUCAAAAUUAGCACCAAUGACUACAACAAUGCACAAAACAUGUAUCGUAUCGGAUUUUUGAUUGCUGAAAUUCCGUCACAAAUGAUCGGUAAGAGGUUGGGGCCAGAUCGAUGGAUACCAAUCCAAAUCAUGGCUUGGAGUUUGGCAUCGGGUGGAUUCUUCGCGUGCCGAUUUUUUAUCGGGUUGUUCAUGGGAGGGUUUAUCCCAGAUUCCAUUCUCUACCUCUCAUACUUCUACACAAAGACUGAAAUGCCAUUUCGCCUGGCCCUAUUCUGGUUCACCGACUCUAUGUCAGGUGUGGUUGCGUCUUUUAUCGCCUACGGCGUGCUGCACAUGCGGGGUGUAGGCGGCCGCGAGGGUUGGCGAUGGCUCUUUCUCAUUGAAGCUUUGAUUACCAUUGUGAUUGGUUUUCUGAGUUUCCUCUUCCUCGUGCCGGGUCCGACUCAGACAAGGACAUGGUGGAAUCGAAAGGGCUACUUCUCAGAGAGAGAAGAAAAGAUAAUAGUGAAUCGCGUCCUACGUGACGAUCCGUCUAAAGGUGAUAUGCAUAAUCGCCAGGCGCUAUCUUUAAAAAUGUUGUGGCAAAGCUUGAAGGAUUAUGAUUUGUGGCCCAUUUAUGUCAUUGGCAUACUUUUUGAGAUUCCCACUGCGCCGCCGAAGUCGUACCUAACCCUCUCUCUGCGCAAUCUCAAGUUCACCACGUUCCAGACGACGUUGCUUACAAUACCUGUCACCGUGUUUGCAUCUAUCAACCUGUUACUUAUCACGGAGCUUACAGAACGAUUCCAUCAGAUCUCCAUUAUCGGUCUUCUUACGCAGCUGUGGUGUCUCCCCCUUUUGAUCAUUUUGUUCAAAUGCGCUGGGACAUUGUCCAAUUGGGGCCUAUACGCAGUCACUUUUGUGCUAUUGGGGUGGCCUUCUCCCCAUGCAGCACAAGUCGGUUGGUGUUCGCGUCUGAGUAACACUGUUCGGACAAGAGCAGUGAGUGCCGCGCUUUACAACAUCACCAUCCAACUCUCCGGAAUUGCGUCUUCGAAUAUCUACCGCUCGGAUGAUAGUCCAUUGUAUCAUCGAGGGAAUAAACAACUUAUUUCUAUCAAUGCUGCAACUAUUGUUGUAUAUGCUCUUGCCAAGAUCUACUAUGAUGCUAGAAACCGAUGGAAAAGGACAAGGUGGGAGAAAAUGAGCCCCAACGAAAAAGCGAGUUAUCUGGAAACGACUGCCGAUUUGGGAAAUAAACGUCUGGACUUUCAAUUCGACACUUGA